ACCCCGGUCAAUAUCUACCAUGUAUUCCUGUGCAAAUUAUCCUCGUGGGUGCCGAGGCCGUGUCAACCGACAAGGAGCAAAGUGCUCUGACUGCGUUUCUCUAAACUUGCGCCGUCCGGCUUUCACUUCGCCAUUUGCCCAACCACGCGAUUACAGGCGUGCGCUACCUUCAGAGCUCUUCGGCGACCUUUCAUCUAAAGCAUCUGAGCCUCAGCUGUAA